AUGUACACGGUGAACAUCUCAUCGCUGGUACUAGUAUGUGUGAUGGGAAUCGCGCACUCGCGGCUCAUCAUCGAGCAAUCCGGCAAGGAUAUCGAAUGCACAGUUCGGCAGGAUGAGCCAAUAGGCGAGGUCAUGGAGAGGAUAUGUGAUAUGUGCCAUGAGUUUAGCUCACAUUCAAGGCCAAAUAUGAGGAUCUCACUGCUUCUCAACCGAAACUUUUCGAGAAUGUUUGAAACUCUUCUCUCCACGACGUCAUUCUCGCCACCUCCAUAG